ACCAUUUAAUUUACUGAAGUGGUACUAUUUUCAUUUAGAUUUCAAGAUCAUCAUGGUCAUCCUCAUCAUCUACUUCAGCAACAGCAACAGCCUCAAUUAUCUCAGAACUGGCUUCAAGCUCCUCAACAAAUGAUUCGCGCUCCAUCCAUGUGUGCCGUUGAACAGCCACAUCAUCAACAUCAACCACAAACAGUUCCUUCAUCGUCAUCAAGCGAACAAAAUUUAUUAGAACGUACACAAGAAGAUGAAUUAUUAGGACAAAGCGCAACAAUGUCAAAUGUGCUCUACUGUAAUAUGAAUCAUCCUGAUUUGCGACAACAAUUUCCAGACUUUAACGAACGUUUCAAACAGAUAAAGAAAAUCUGGCGUAAAGUACCAUCGGAAGCCAAACAACAAUAUACGCAACAAGCUAGAGUAAAUCGAACAAAAAAACGUGCUAGAAUAUCAGGAGGAAAAACAGUAAGUAAAAGAUAGUAGGCCACAUUUUUUCGUAGAUAACUGACGUGUUUCAAAUUAGAGACUUCUUCCUUGAUUCCGACUGUGUUAGGAGUUCGAAAUGUAUACCCAAUAAUAUUCUUCGGUAUAUUUGCAUGUCUUUUCGUUUGCUUGAUUUAGUCAAAUCGUAAACCAAAAUCUUCAAAAUCAAUACCAAUGACUUCAUCAGAUAC